UGCACUGUAUCAGACAUAUAGCCAGACUCACCUUAAUACCUGCAGCCAACGACUCCACGACAACCACACCUGACGAUGAAGACACGCCCACUACGGUUGGUGAUCAUCCCUGAAUACGCCAGGCCUGAAAACUCAUUAAAGUAGUACAUAUUGUCAGUGAUAACGAUGAAUGAUGAAAGACACCUGUAACUCGGAUGUGUCAUAGUGAGUUCAGUUCGGUACCGAAAUCUGGAUAUGGAUUAUACGGAAACAGAAAUAAUGCGAUUUUUAUAACAAAAAAAAAAGAAAUGUAAUGAAAUAUAAUUUGGCCGAGCACAUUUCAAGAUUAAGACCUUCACAAUCACCGAUUGCUAUAUCAUUGAGCCGGUGUCCGACUUGGUCUUCGCUCGAUCCUCUGAAGUUCAAGGGAUAUUGGGACAGCAACGCUAACGCCAUACUUUUAAAUAAUGGAUCUACUGCAUAUUUCACGUUCAACGACGCGUCAGUGCGACCGACCCUCAGCGGGGGUCCCCUGAUCGGAGAGUAUAUCUUCGAGCAGAUGCACUUCCACUGGUCUGUAGAUGACUUCACCGGAUGCGAGCACGUGCUCGAUGGCCACGGGUACGCCGCAGAAUGCCACUUCGUCCACUAUAACAGUAAAUACGAAUCCUUGGAGACGGCGGUGGGCCAUCCCGAUGGAUUGGCUGUGGUCGGAUUCCUCCUGGAGACUGUCGACGCUCCCAACCCGAGGUUCGAUAGACUAGUACAAGGUCUGGAGGGGAUUCAGAAGAGGGAGUCAGUCAUGAAUGUUACUUCAGAAUCGCUAUUAUGGAUGGACAGAGAAGACCUUCAAAUCGGCAACUACGUGACUUACAAGGGCUCCCUGACGACGCCGCCCUACACCGAGUGUGUCACUUGGAUCAUUUACGAGAAACCUGUACAAAUUGGUUCCGAACAGCUGGGUCUACUUCGACAACUUGAAGGGCCGGACAGUCAACCCAUUGAGAGAAACGUUCGUCCGACCCAGAGACACCCGCCGGGCCACUCCGUUAUUUACGUUAAGCAAGUUAGGUCAAAACUCUGAAAACAACUAAUUUUCUGCGAUCAAUGAAACAAGAACUAGAACAGUGAAAUGAUGACGUAAGAGUAUUCUGUUUGUGUGAGCGAUUUGUAUUAACAAUAAACUCACACCAAUUAAAACUCGGUUCGUUAUUAAGUUUACUGUAUUUUGUUUAAAUAUUGAAAUGUUUAUAACGUUUUCGUUAUAGCAACCCGCACUACCUCUUACAAAAUUUAUUAGAUUAAUCAAAUUAUUGUUUUCGUUUAAGUUUAAUAAAAUACUAUUUAUCUA